AAGUGAAAUCAACAAAUUUAUGUCCGCUACAAUAGAAAGCAAUAAAGUCUCUUCUUAUCUGAUAAGUUUUACUCCUAAAGAUAAUUAUACUUUUCAGGAAGGUCUGGAAGAGACUUUUACGGUCAAACAGCCAUUUUUAAAGCGUGCCUCGAACAAGGUUGACACAGUGUACAGUUGGGACCACGACAAAGCUCUUCUUUUUGUUCAAGUUUUUAAGCCUUUAGCACGAAGCGCAUUACUGGGCUAUGAUUCUACCAUCAUGCUGUUAGGCUCAGAGAAUGCAGGAAUGACUCUUUUACUGGAAGGGAGAGAAAACACUUUAUUCAACACACUUGAGUAUCUAUUUUCAGAGAUAAGAAAGGAAAGUGAGGAAAGGCUAUUGUUUGUGUCAUGUUUCGAGACAGUGGGGACCACACUGGUAGAUUAUGUGGGAAAUUAUUUAGGCGACAGUGCACGAUAUUCUUAUUCUGUUUCAAAAACAUCAAUCUCUCUCCUAAGGGUAGAAGAUACUGGAAAGGAUAUGCAAAUUGCGAAAAAGAUAGUUUCAGAAGAAAGAAGAAAUAGAAAGCGUCAAUUUGUGGUGCAGGUUCUUGUCACUUCAAAUUCUCACCCAGAGUCGGGUGAAUAUUUUCUAUCAGGCAUUAGUUUUAUUCUCUUUUCAGAUUGCGACUCUGUUGUGGAACGCCUUAGUCAGCUCAGUUCUUUGAAGAUUGAUCCUUGCUCAGAACCUUCUCGUGUACUCUUUUAUCCAUUUUCUACUCAAAACGUGAACGAGCUCAUUUUAGACCUUGUUUGCUCUGCUUUAGGAGGAAAUCGUCUCGGUGCAAUCUUGGUUUUGGCCAAUUUGCAAGACUUGAGUAGAAACGUUAUCGAGUCCUUGUUAUCCUUUGCAUCUUCGCUGUGCCGUGUGGAAAACAACCCGACUCAAAGUAUAUUGAAACUCCGUGUUUCGUUAAAUUCACAUAGAGAAGUCGUAUCUCAUCCGAGACUUAAUAAUUUAGAUAGCCGUCUUAACGAGGCACAGUUGGAAAUUGAUCAAGCUAAAUACAAAUUUGGCGUUACGAGAACUCGAAGACCCACUCCCAGUUCUGCCACUUGGAAAAGCUUUCUCAAGUCAUUAAAGAUCAUGCCUUCUGGGGAGUCAUAUCGAAGUAAUCCAACGUCACCUGCUCUUUCUCCAACACCUAGUCCAGCUGAUGAACUUGAAUAUGCCAGUCGAAACCAAUAUUCAGAAAAUGCUUCUGAAGAUGGCCGUGACUUGAGAUACAUUCAUUUAGCCUCCCGAGAGUCUACUUUUCACAAGGUAUUGAAUGACAGUUUAUUUGCCUUGUUUAUGACGCCCUUCAAUAGUGCUUCAAAUGCUGUCUUCCAAAAGCAGUGUUUAACGAAUUUCGUAGUAUAUUCGAUGUUUCUGAGUCUCCUUGAAUAGUUCAAAUGGAAUGGAUUUGUAUAUCUA